CCCCAAACCCCGACCGCCCCACCCCAAACCCCACAGCCGCCUCCGCCACCGGAGCCGCGCUCCCCGCAGCCCGCGGCGCCCGCCCGGCGGGGAGCGCCUCCCGCCCGGCCAUGGAGCGCUGCUGAGCGGCCCCCGGGGCCAGCGGAGCGGAUCAUGAACCUGGUGGGGGGCUACCAGCAUCACCACCACCACCACCAUCACCACCACAUGCUGCACGACCCUUUCCUCUUCGGGCCGGCGGCGCGGUGCCACCAGGAGCGCGCCUACUUCCCCGGCUGGGUGCUCAACCCGGCCGAGGCGACCCCCGAGCUCGCCGGGCAGAGCCCUGGCUACGGCCCCGCCGAGUACGGCCCGGCCGGCCCGGGGCGGCUGGAGGCUCUCAGCGGCCGCCUGGGACGGCGAAAAGGUGUCGGGGGUCCCAAGAAGGAGCGGCGGAGGACGGAGAGCAUCAACAGCGCCUUCGCCGAGCUCCGCGAGUGCAUCCCCAACGUGCCCGCCGACACCAAACUCUCCAAGAUCAAGACCCUGCGUCUGGCCACCAGCUACAUCGCCUACCUGAUGGAGGUGCUGGCCAAGGACAGCCAGCCCGGGGACACCGAGGGCUUCAAAGCCGAACUCAAGAAGGCGGACGGCAGGGAGAACAAGAGGAAAAGGGAGACGCCCGAGGUCUAUUCGCAUCCUCUGGGUCACGGCGAGAAGAAGCUGAAGGGCCGGACGGGUUGGCCCCAGCAGGUCUGGGCUCUGGAACUGAACCCCUGAGAGCUGCCCCGCCGCCGCUCCCCGCCCGCCCCUCCAUGUG